AUGGGGGGCAGAGUCACCCUCAUUAAUUCAGUUCUAGCUAAUCUGGCUAUCUAUUAUCUGACUUUCUUCAAGGCUCCCCAUAAAGUCGUGAAGGAUAUUAUAGCGAUCCAACGUCGGAUCUUAUGGGCUGGAAACUCGAGCAAAACUUUUAUUCCUUGGGUUUCUUGGAAUUCUGUCUGUAAAUCUAAGGAAGAUGGUGGUCUGAGUAUUAAGCAUGUGGGUCGGUUCAACACUGCUUUGUUGGCAAAAUGGCUUUGGAGGUUCCAAACUGGUGGCAAUGAAAUAUGGAGGAAGACCCUCACUAACAGAUACGGCAACCUCUGUAUCAAGACGCAAACUUACCUCGACGUUGAUAGUUCGAAAACUGAUUCGCUGUGGAUGAAGGAUAUUAUGACUAAUGCGUCCCUAAAUUCACAUGCCAACUUCUGCAAAUUCACGGCCUGUUCCGUUGAUGAAGGAAACGAUGUGGCGUUCUGGCAGUCAGUUUGGAUUUGA